AAUUAUGCUAUUUUUGAGGUACCUAAAUACAAAUGCAAAAUUAACAAUCACGCAUCUCUCAAAUAAAUUUAUUUUUCCACGACUGAGGGGAACAGAAGAGGAGUCUAGCAAGGCAGAAAACGUGAGAACUUUCUCUUUCCUUUCGAAAUUAAGAUUUAAAACUAAACCAAAAAAAAAAAAAAAAAAAGAAAACAAGAAACUCAAAGCGGGCGACCGCACUGUUUAAUACAAAUACGUUCCUUCACAGAAACAUCUCUUAUUAUGUGUUCUUGGUGCAUUUGUAGAGGGGGUAGUUUGGAAAAUGCCUCUCUUCAAGAGGAAGCCUUUUGGUUUAGCAGAGCCACUGGAAGAUUUGGAACCCUAUGAGCUUGUCUACCAAGUUCGAUUCACCAAAGAGAUUUUUCGAGAUUAUCAAGAGUAUCUGAACCGGAUAAAUUUAUAUCGUCAGAGAGUUUGGGUGUGCAAGUCUACUGGAAAAUCUAACUUGACUUAUGAAGAGGCUUUGGUGUCGGAAAAACAUGCGAUUAAGAAGGUUCAACAGCUACCCCAUGAGCUAGUGGCACCUGCAUUGCGUAUUAUCCAAUUUAGUAUGCUAUCAUUGAGAGAUCUUGCUGAUGUAAUAGCUAAGAAAUUGCAGAAAAAUUUGUUUGUGGGUGCUCAAUUAUAUGGAAGGAGGGAUGGUGGUCUGCAUCCAUGCAGAGUGUUAAAACUUGUGGAGAAUGGUGUUGACAAAAUGCAGUACGAGGUAGCAUGGAUUGGCAAAAAUAAGAAAACAACAAAAAAUGCAAUUUUACUAGGAGAAGAUCUGGAAUGGAAGAAAACACCCUUCAGCAGGAGUAUUUUGAAGUCUUUUAUUCGGGAGUCCACGUGCCGAAGUAUUCCUUGGGUGCUUCAUGAAAAACUGGCACAGAAACAUGGUAUCUCUACUGACCCUCCAAAGGAGUUGGCUAGCAGAUUUUUCUUUCAAGAUGGACAGCUGGUUAACAGAGUGAAGAAAAGGAAAAAUGAAAACAGAAACAAUGUUGGGGAAGUAAAUGAAGAAUCUGGGAAAUCCAAAAGGAAGAAAGGAGAAAAGGGGAAGUCUGAUGCAGUGACAAACAGUAGGGAAGAAAAUAAUCUGCCCAAGGAAGAACCAGUCAAAUAUCCAAUUGAUGACCUGUUGGUGCAGCCUGGUCCAGAUGAUCCACUUUUCACUGAUCGCCCUUCUCCUUCGAGGGAUUUCAAUGUUCCAAUGGAUUGCGUUGGGGAUCUUUUGAUGGUUUGGGAUUUUUGUUCUUCAUUUAGUAGGCUGCUGCAUUUAUGGCCAUUCUCUCUUGAAGAUUUUGAAAAUGCUAUCUGUCACAAGGAUAGUAAUUUGGUUCUCAUUGCGGAAACACAUUCAGCUUUUCUUCGGUUGCUCAUAAAAGAUGAUGGUGAAUAUUCUUUGACUUUACAGAAGAGAAAACGGAAGCCGAAGAUUUCACUCAUCACUUGGACCGAGUAUAUCUGUGAUUUCUUGGAAAUGAUCAACACUACUGAAUUAUGCUCUUCUAUGACCACUAUAAAGAGGGGAAAUUAUGGCCGUCUGGAUACUAAUGCCAAAUUAGGGGUAUUGCUAGAAUUGGUUAGUCAUGCCCUUGAAACAGAUCUUAUUAGGGGGAAGUUGGAUGAGCAUAUUGAACAGCGACAGGCACUUGGUGCCACAAGAAGAGGAGAAGCUUUGGAAUUUGCUAGAAAGAAACGAGAAGAGAAGGAAAAGUUGAAAGGUGAGUCUGGUGCUGAUGGAUUAGUGAAGGAAAAUAGUAUGGAGAGCACAGGAAGCAAUCCACAUAUAACAGAAAACGAAAAUCCCAUGAUAGAGAACGGAGAGAUGGUGGAAGAUGUUAUUUCAUCUAGACAAAGCAAUGUGUUUUAUAAUAGGAGGCAAUUAGACUGUCCAGAGAAAACAGAGGAGAAGCAAAAUGUGGAUUCAAAAGCCAAAUCAGAAAAUAGAACUAAUUCAACUGAUAGGGAAGCACAGAAACAGCUAACUGGUGAAAAAAGGGAAGCAGAGGAUAAGAAGAGUAAAGAAAAGAGGGAACAAAGGAGGGAAUACUUUGAACGAGAGAUGGAGAAACGAAGCAUACGUACGAAUCCCUUGGGUAAGGACAGGGACUAUAACAGAUAUUGGUGGUUUAAGCGAGAUGGGAGGAUAUUUGUUGAGAGUUCUGAUGCAAAGCAGUGGGGCUAUUAUAGCACCAAGGAAGAGGUUGAUGCAUUGAUAGGAUCAUUGAAUUGUAAGGGUGAGAGAGAGAGAGCUCUUCGAAAACAGCUGGAAAAAUUCUAUGGCAAGAUAUGCUUGGAACUCCAAAAAAGAUCAAAGGAUUUGGCUCACAAGAUUGCCUUGGAAGAGGCUGUGCUUCGGAGAUCAACUCGUGUACGUGCACCCCCUAGGGAAAAUCCUGCUAAUGCUUUCCUCAAGUAUGCGAACAAAUGGAAAGAAGAUUAAUUUAAUUCGAGUUUGAUAUUGGAGAGCACAGUUCCAUCUAACUAAAAUUAGGUGCCGUAAUAAGUUUGUGACUUGAGUUGAAAGUAACACUGCAGAGCAGGAAUUUUAAGUUGAGUGCUUCCUUACAUUUUGAUGGAAUAUGUGGGAUGAUGGAUAAUGGAAUUUGGGCGAAGAAGGAUGUGGAGGAACUGGGAUGGAGCUGUUUUUUGAUCCAUUCCUCUUAUCCUCAGUUUUGUAACUGACAUUGUUUUCUCAUUCUUUAAUUGUGCUGUUAACUUGCGUAGAAAUUUCUUAUAUGGAUUCUCAUUGCUUUUGGGCGGAGAUUUCUGUUUGAAUGGAAGGUAAUGUUUGGAUGGAGAAUAUCAUUGUCGCCCAUUAGACGGCUAUUGCACUUUUGCUUGCUGUCAAAAUGUGGCGGCAGGAGUUGGCAAUACUUGACCUCGUUCAAAACACGCUGUUUAACUCGACGCGGUUCUGCUUUGGGAGCUCAAUGCUUGGAAGUUGGAACCUUGUUAUGGGAGUUAGCAACAUUAAACUGUCACCCAAUGUCUUCGUAUAGGCCUAGAGGGAACCAGUGAGGUGGAAUCGUAUGUCAAAGGGAUGAAUGCUUGUUUGCUUCCUGUACUUUUUCUUGUUCGAUACUUAAAAAGAAAAAUAAUUAUUAGAUUGGUAUUUCAACUUUUAUUUUG